AUGAAGUACAUAAAACUUUUGUUGUUAUUUAGCAUUUUGCCUAUUGAAAUAUAUGGUUCCACUCACUGGAUGGUCACCGAAGGUGGUCUUAUACAGCCUAGGCUUGAUUCGCCAUUCGAAAUGGCCCGACCAUAUGAUUUACUAGCAUUCCUAAACCAAGACACUCGCUGGGAUAAUAUAAUCAACUUGCACCAUGAUUUAACAAAAAGACAACAGAUUAUAAAGAGCUUGUGGGCGGAACUUGAACGAGAUACUGAUAUUACUAGCUUACUUUCUCAGGAUGAUAAUUGUGUAAAAGCAGGCGAACUGAACUUGAUAGACUGGUAUACUUCAUCCUUAGAGGAUGGUAAAGCCAAGAUUGGCACUGAAGAAUUUUCUUUACACAAUAUAAAUUAUGGAGCCAUCCAUGUGCCUGAUUGCAAAAAGAUUUCUUCUCUGACAUUCAGUAUGUGUGUUUUUGAACAUUUGGAGGGUAUGAUACAAAGAGAGAAUUUAAGUUCUAGCCCAGAGUUGUCUUCACCAGAAGAACUGUCGCCAGAAGUGACUAUGGACCAUUUUGGGGAUUGGUUGGCCGGUGUGCUGAAAGAGAAUAGCUCUUCGUGGCUUCACUAUAACAUGGCAUCUUUAUAUUGGAGGGUUAGAGGAAAUGCGCCGAAGGCCAUGGAAUGUAGCCGCCGAGCUGUGCAUUAUGCACCAAGGGAAUAUAAAGACAUUGCUCUAUUGAGUAUGGGAUUGAUACUACACCGCAGUAAAAUGACCGAAGAUGCUGUUAUAGUGUUAGGAGCUGCGACCGACCAUGACCCUCAAUGUCCCAUAAAUCAUUUUGUAAUGGCCAACGCGCUUGCAGUACUCGGUGAUUUCAAUUCUUCCAUAAAACAUUUUGAUAUGUGUCUCAAGCUGAAUCCCACUUUUGAAUUGGCACAGAAACACAGGUCCGGGGCUAUAUGUCAUAAUUUCCUACUGAAAAAUAUGCAGAUUGUUCGAGAUACGCUAUACAAACUUCGUGACGAGCUCACACAGUACACUCAAAGAGAGGCAUAUUGGCUAAAAUCACAGGUUGCAUUUUUACGUACAAUGAAACAUGCUGAGGAGUAUGACUACAUGGAUGUAGCAAAAAAUUUUGAAAAAAUGACGGAGCUUACCGGUUUGAAUAUAAAGGAUUUAAAAAAAGAGGGUGACAAAUACUCUUUAAUUCAAUACUUUUUGGAUGGACCAACUUACAACGAAAACUGGCUGAAAGAAAAAGGAGUCCACGCCAUAGAGUCUGUUUACAGCCUGCAGACUUUAGUCAAACACAUUGGAAGACAUACUAGCUUGAUUACCGAUUUUGUUGUGCAAGGUGACUAUUUGAAAUUGGAAGAUGAGAAAAUAUUAAAAGAGAUAGGUCCGACACCUACAUUUCCAGAUUUGUUUCCAGAUGUUGUUAAAGGCAAUUCUUUUGUCGAGCCUAAAGAAACAAAGUCUGAGCAAAAACGUAGUGAUAAGAAAACACCACCAGUUGACCAUGAACAAAAUAUGUCUGAGUAUGAUACAGGGAUUAUAUUAUACCCGUCAACAUUAAAAAUAAGCAGAACUACAGAAGACUUUGACAAGGAGGCUGAAUGGCCUUCCAAUAGACUGUGUAAGGAGACUGCGCCAACUUUUCCAGACAAUUUAGAGGCUAUAUAUCAAAUAUUUUUACCUUUCGAGAAUAAGGGAAUAAGACUGAGGUCGCUGUUGACCGACAAGAUAGGUGUCCCAGCUAGCUCGGAACAUGAGUUGCCGUGGCACCCACCAACGUGUCCCAACGAUAAGGACGCUACAGCUUUUACACAGAAGAAAGCGCAGAAACCGCAGUUUGUAAGCGAAGUAAUUGUAACAGACCAUCUUCGACAAAAAUUACUGGAGUACGUGGGCGAUGGUGACGCGAGCUCCGUGAAACACAUGCAAGAUGCUGAGAUCGGACAAAGAAUAUACGCAGCUAUGCAAAUGAAACUGGCUCCGAAAUGGCUUCUCUACACUUUAUCAUCUCUAUACUGGCGCGUGCGCGGCAACAAUGUAAACGCAUUACACUGUAUCAUGACCGCCAGUCGAACAGUAGAGCCUAAGUACAAAGAUAUCGUCCUGGUAUCUCUAGCGUCUACGUACCUGGAGAUGGGGUACUUCGAUGAGGCUUUAGCGGCAGCUGAAGAAGCCUUUAAAUUGAGUCUUUAUGAGCCAGCUACAAACUUCAUACUGUCAGAGUUAAACAUGAUAAAGAAACAUCGCAACACUCAUAUGUUUCACCUCAAGCAAGUAAUACGAGUGGAAGGGAACUUCAUGAAUGGACUCGCCCGCACACUUCUCCACGGGUGGGCCUGCUUGUUCAAACAAGUUAACGUGUUACAGGAACUAGAAUUCAGCGAGAGCGAUAUUUGCACACAGGUAGAACCCGGAAUGAGCAUGGUGUGCGAAAAAGAUGGUAGUAAUUGUCAUUUGACUAAUAUACAAUGCUUCAGUUCACAUGAACGUGAAAGCAGCACUCUGGUCAGAAUGCUAGAACUGAAGGACGAUAACAUCCAGGGCGCGUACGUAGACGACGUGCACGAGCACGUGUUCGAUCACUUGAUGGUCAACAUGGAGACCGAGCGUUCCGACAAGCUGGGCCACCAAGCUCACUUUGAAGCCAUGAUGAAGACUGUCGACAAAACACUCAAAGGCUGUGGAAAUAGGGGAUGCGCAAGUAUCCAACCAGAAGAUUUGGCGUUAAAAGAAGAGGAUUGUACUUACCAACAUUUAGAAUUAGGUUACUGGUUGCAUAUUAUCAGUUUUAGACAGUUGCUUAGUGACGCAGAUCCAAGACUACCGUUAGACAUAUUAUCAAUGACGCCAUCUACCAAAAAGGUACCAGAAUGCCGCUUGGACGUAGAUCCUUCGGAAGACUUCUUUAUCGAACGCUUCACUAAGAUCGACACGGAAGGAUGGGAGCCGGUUCUUAGCUUAAUGCAUCAGUUUGCCGAGAUGUUUAAUUUCUAUGACUAUGUCACGCUUGGUGCUAAAAUUGCAAAAUAUGUAGAAACUUAUAAUAGUGUGCAUAUAAGAAGAGGUAGUGUGCGUAACGAGCGUGUGUCGUACAGCGGCCGAGGUGCUGGGCGGGCGCGGCGGCGGCGGGCUGGUGGUGCGGCGCGGGCGGGGCGCGGCGCGUGCGCGGCGCGCUGCCUUGCCGCCGCGCACCGCCUGGCGCCGCGCGCGCGCCCGCUCCUCGCCGCGCACGCCGCCCGGGCGCUGGCGGCUCUGCUGCACAUACAAUCCAAACAACGAGAUGCUAAAGAAGUGGCUUAUUUAUCUUUUUAUGCCCAGCCGAAGAGUAAAAUAGAAGCAUUUCUAGUUGGUGUAUCACAUAGCUAUUUAGCUGAAUACGAACCGGCCGUGUGGAUGUACCGUUAUGCGCUGACGUUCGACGACAAGUUCCUCCCCGCCAAAGCUUGCCUCCACGCCACCAUGUGUCUGAUGCUGUUCGGUGAAGCCGCUAAAACAAAGCCUAUACAAAACUGA